UCUAAACUGGAAAGGAAAAAAAUGAUGUUACAUACCAGACCCAAAACAGUGAAACAAAAUGUGUAAUUAAAUAAGCCCAUACAACCAGACCUUCGCGUGACUUGCAGUCGACAACGGCAGAUAAAUAAUGCCUUCAAGUAAUAGCAACACGAUACGAUUCACGCGAUAUACCGAUUGUCGAGGCAUUAUUGUGAGCACCACCCAAUGUGGAAUAAAUGUGUCAAGGAGAAAAUUUGCAAGGUCGACGACGAGGAUGAACUUCCUCCCACAUGAAAUUUACAUCGAACUUACAAGAAAAUAAGGAACACACUUGCAGAAACGAAGAGAGAAUUAUAAUUUCUCAAGUUCAAUUUGGUCAAACGUAGGGCUUUUUUCCCACUUAUAACACACUGUUUUUGUGGUACUACUUUUCUUCUCUCAAUAUAUAAUUAAAACCAAUAAGCUUUGGAAUCUGUCUUGACCCAGUCAGAGCCUUAUCUAAUUAAUAAAAUAAAAAAACCUAAUCCUAACUGGGUCAGGACUAGCUAGCUACUAUUACCUCGCAGUUUCAUAGAACUGCGCUACCAACCACACAGCCGUGUUUUCUUUUGGCUGCCGCCCCUCUAUAUAUAUACCUGUAAAGUUGGUCGAUCAGGAGAAGAAAAAAAAAAGCCAUCAACCCACCAAAACAGAACAAACAAACAAAGGAGGCAAAAACCAAACCUUUUUUCUUCCCAAAAAAAAAAAAAUCGAAACGCAUCCACCAUCGACAACAGUGACUAAGUCGAAGCGACGACGUACAAUGAGAGCUUCUUCACCGUUUCUUCUUGUGAUGAUGGUUGUCUCCUGCCUGUUGCUUCCUUCCCCGUCCGUCUCCUUCAGCCUGAAGUCGGCCAAAUCCUUCCUUCGUCGUCGCACCAGCGAUUCUCCAUUUCGCGACGACUUCUUGUUUGGAACUGCAGCCUCGUCGUAUCAGUUUGAAGGAGCUUAUUUGAGCGAUGGGAAAGGGAUCAGCAAUUGGGACGUUCACAGCCAUAUCCCAGGCAAGAUCGUCGAUGGAAGCAAUGGAGAUGUUGCCGUCGACUCUUAUCACCUCUAUCAGGAGGACAUUAAGCUAAUGAAAUCCCUUGGAGUCAAUAGCUACCGGUUCUCCAUUUCAUGGGCACGGAUCCUACCUAAAGGGAGAUUCGGAGAAAUAAAUCAAGCUGGAAUCGCAUACUACAACGAGCUCAUCGAUGCUCUCGUGCUUAAAGGAGUCCAACCAUUUGUGACUCUCUGUCAUUUUGAUAUGCCCCAAGAACUGGAAGAGCGAUACGGGAGUUGGCUGAGCCCCGAAAUUCAGGAGGAUUUCGGAUACUACGCUGACGUAUGCUUCAAGUACUUUGGCGACAGAGUGACGUAUUGGUCAACUUUCAACGAACCAAACUUCCAAGUUACAUUCGGUUACCGUGAUGGCACUUUCCCGCCAUCCCGCUGCUCGGGGCACUUCGGUAAUUGCACGGCCGGAGACUCCGAAACGGAGCCGUUUAUAGCCGCCCACAACAUAAUCCUUUCUCACGCCGCUGCCGUCGAUGUCUACCGCACAAAAUACCAAAAGGAACAGAAGGGCAUGAUCGGGAUUGUACUCCACUGCGCCUGGUUCGAACCGUUCAGCGACUCGGAAGCCGACAAGUUGGCCACGGACCGGGCCAACGCCUUCUUCGCGAACUGGUUCUUCGACCCGCUCGUAUUCGGUCGGUACCCAGAGGAGAUGGCCCGGAUUCUCGGUUCGACCCUGCCCGAGUUCUCGAGCAAGGAUAUGGAGAGGUUGAAGCAAGGGCUGGAUUUCUUGGGGAUCAACCAUUACACGAGCUACUACGUCAAGGAUUGCAUGUACUCUGCUUGUGAGCCUGGGCUCGGAACAACAAGGAGUGAAGGUUUCUUCCAGCAAAUCCAGGAGAGGAAUGGAUUCCCAAUGGGGAAACGAGGUGAUUUGGGUUGGCAAUACGUUUACCCACAAGGAAUGGAGAAAAUGGUGACAUACUUCAAAGACAGAUACAACAAUGUACCCAUGAUUAUCUCCGAAAACGGGUAUGGUGAGAUGAACAGCCCAAUGCUCACUACUGGAGACUUUCUCAACGACGUGAGAAGAGUAGAGUAUAUGUCCGGGUAUUUGGAAUCACUCAUGGCUGCAAUCAGGAAAGGUGCGGACGUGAGAGGGUACUACGCGUGGUCGUUGCUCGACAACUUCGAGUGGACCAACGGAUAUACUCAGAGGUUCGGGAUCUGCCACGUGGAUUACGUCACUCUGAAGAGAACCCCGAAGCUAUCUGCGAAAUGGUUCAAAGGAUUCAUCGACAAGUAUGGCAAUGCACCCAAAGCCCUAAUGUGAGCAAACGGGGAUCAACCAAUGUCACACAAUCAGAAGAAAAAAUUAUGUUUAUUUUUUCAUUUAUUGAUAGGGCAUAGGUGAUGUUGACCCCAAUGUUUAAAAUCGGGGUCGCUUAGAAGUUCUUCACUGUACGUUAUCACUAGACCAACCUUGUAAUUAUCACUAGAGGAAGAUGGCAAAAGAUUUAGUGCAUUGAUUGUAAAAUAUGAUAAUGAUAUGGAAUCGAUUGAUUGGUUCAUUGUUGAAAGCAAGCAAGCACAUUGACUGCGACAAACAAUAAUCAACAACAUAGCAGAAAAUACUAUUGUUGGCUCUAAAGUUUGAACUCGGCAUUAGUACGACCAUCAUUAUCACUAAACCUAUUUAGGGUGAAGAUAAAAGAAUACAUUAUCACGGGAGAAAGAAAGACAGGAAAAAUAUGUAAUUCUAUAUGGAUUCAUUGUGAGCCAUGAUAAUGAUAUGAAACUGGCUGAUUGAUAACCGCAAGAAAGAUUCUCUUCAAGAAACUUCAUGACAAGAGUAUAAGCUUUUGUACCUUUUCUUGGUAAGAAUUUCCCGACUUAAGAUUCCUGCGACAAGCAAUUGGUCCCUUUACGAAAAGGUCUAUUCUGCUCUGUCCAUUUCGCUUGGUUGGUGAAUUUGGAUGCAAGCUGCUGUGUUUUUUCCCCCGUCAUCUCCACCAGGGGGAUCCGGCCUCAUAGCUAUAUUCGCCUUCUUCCCAAGAGAUUUGACAAGCCUGGAGACCAAUGGCGGCAGUUGGUUCUUUGCCGUGAAGUGCAAUCCAUUCUUCCACGGCUAUUUGGUAAUCGUCUUCAUCGUUGCUGGUGUAGUGGUGUCUGUGCUUCCCGAAUGGGUUUAGCCCCGGACUGGCUAGCUCAGCAACUGCAGCAGGCAUGUACAUCGAAUCGCCAACCAAGGGGGCGCCACAGGCAGCUAGCUGAGCUCGAAUCUGCACCACAUUAGCAACAAGUAAAGAUGGUAAAUGUAU